AGCACUGUUCAUAACAAGUCGAGUAUGACUCAACGACAAGUGAGACGCGUACUUCUGUUUUCAAAUAAUCGACUCAACAAUAGGUCAGGAAACUAUAGGUGAAAAUUUGAGAAGGGCAAGCCUCUAGAUAAUUCAAAUAAAAUACUGCGAAUAAAAAUACGUUUAAUAUCGCUUAUAUUUCUUCACGCGCACUUGACAGCCCGCUUUGAUCAGUGACAGAGUUCGAGCGACUCGCCUUGAUGAAUUCGCUAGGAAUACGCGCGAUGAAUGCGAGCCCGAGACUCGCGCGAGCGUUGUGAUUCGCGCGGAAACUGUGGAACAUCGACGAGAUACGCUGAACGUUCACGUUAUCGAGGAGCUUUACAUGAUCCGCAAUUGCACGUUGCUGACAAGUAGACAACCUUCCCCUCGUCGCUUAGUGUAACACACACAACGUUCAUUCCCGACACGCUUUUAAACGGCCGAUUACCAAAUGUCAAAGAACAAACUCAACUUAACGCUACCACCUGGCUCGAUAGAACCAGCACCUGCAGUGUCACCGUCACCGCCGGUUCCGCCCUUGCCCACGUACUCGGAACCACCAGUAAUACCCGACGGUGUGAUGGGUAGAAUGAGCAUUGAUGUUAUUCAAGAGAGAUUCGAGGAACUAGAAAUGGACGAGGAACAGAGGAAACGAUUGGAAAGCUUUCUUGGUCAAAAAGAGAAAGUUGGAGAGUUAUGCGAUGAGGAUUUUGAAAAGUUGGGUGAAUUGGGCGCCGGCAACGGUGGUGUUGUUAUGAAAGUUAGACAUAAAAAGUACGGUCUUAUAAUGGCAAGAAAGUUAAUACACUUGGAAGUGAAGCCGGCUAUCAAGAAACAAAUAAUCAGAGAAUUGAAAGUACUUCACGAAUGUAACUUUGCGCAUAUAGUUGGAUUUUACGGUGCUUUCUACAGUGACGGAGAAAUUAGCAUAUGUAUGGAAUAUAUGGAUGGUGGAUCCUUAGACCUGAUAUUGAAAAAAGCAGGACGAAUUCCAGAACCUAUCCUAGGUACAAUCACAUCUGCUGUUCUGAAGGGUUUGAGUUACUUGCGGGACAAACACGCUAUAAUGCAUCGCGACGUGAAGCCGAGUAAUAUUUUGGUCAACAGCGCGGGAGAAAUUAAGAUUUGUGAUUUCGGUGUUUCCGGACAAUUAAUCGAUUCGAUGGCCAAUUCGUUCGUAGGCACACGAAGUUACAUGUCGCCAGAGAGAUUACAAGGGACACAUUACUCAGUACAAAGCGAUAUUUGGUCGUUAGGAUUGUCGCUCGUCGAAAUGGCGAUCGGUCAGUACCCCAUCCCGCCACCGGACGAGAAAACACUAGCCUCCAUAUUCGGUCCACAGUCGGGUCAGCCGCCCGCGGAGAAUUGCGCGACGAACAGCGUGUCCACGCCUACGACUCAGUCGCCAGGACACAAUGCAAGCCCAGGUCCGAGGCCCAUGGCCAUAUUUGAACUGUUGGACUACAUAGUAAACGAGCCACCCCCGAAACUGCCGCCUGGUGUAUUUAGCGAUGCCUUUACGGACUUCGUCGAUCGGUGUUUGAAGAAGAAUCCGGCCGAGAGGGCAGACUUGAAGACACUAAUGAAUCAUGAAUGGAUAAAGAAGGCAGAGUCGGAGAACGUGGACAUCGCCGGGUGGGUGUGCCGCACGAUGGAUUUGCAACCGACUACGCCAACGCGUUUAGCAAACGUGCAGUCCUGAAUAGAUGUAACU